AUGCAGCGCGCGCUGCAGCUGCUGGCGCUGCAGGCGCUGCGGCUGCUGGAGGCCCGCGCCGAGGCGGCGCUGCGGGUCCUGGCGCACGGCCCCGCGCCACCCGCGCUGCUCGACGACCUCUUCCAGGGCCUGGACAUCUACAACCGCGUGGCGGCCGAGCUGGCGCCGCAGGCGGGCGCCGCGCCGCAGCCCUUCCCUGCGCUGCAGCCCUUCCCCGCGCCGCGCGUGCUGGCCCUGCUAGCGGCCAAGCGCGGCCGGCUGGCGGCGCGGCGCCUGCAGCGGCUGCUGUGGCCACGUGGAGCAGCGCUGCAGCCCGUGGUGCCCUGGACAGAGGCUGCGGCGCAGGCAGCACCGCGGGGCGUCCCCGAGGAGCUGCACGCGAUGUGCCACGAGGAGCAGCAGGUCGCGCAGCGCGUGCUGGGCGCGCUGGUGGCCACGGCCGGCAGCCUGUGGCAGCCCGCACGGGCGCCGGGCGGCUGCAAGGCCGUGCGCUGGCUGGACGGGUGCCACGCGGCGGCCGGCGCCGCGUUGGCCACGCAGUACGUGCCGCUGUACUGGGAGGCGGCGGGCGCCGCGCUGCGCCGUGCUGUGGAGGCACCAGCAACUGGUGGCACCGCGGCGGCCGCGGGGCCCGUGCAGGAGCUGGCCCAGGCGCUGGCACACGCCCAAGUGCCCCCCGCCUGCGAGGAGGAGCUGCGGCGGCUCUGCCUGCGCCUGUUCUGCUGCAGCGUCUGUGCCGCCUGGGACCAGGGCUUCACGCGGGCGCUGGGCUCGGCACUGUCGGACAAGUGCAGCGCGGAAGCAGAGGCGCCGCAGGGCGGGACCGCGGCGGUGGCGCAGAGCAGGACGGCGCGGCUGCUGCAGCAGCUCUACCCCGCGCUGGCCUUCGCCCUGCGCCGCCUGCAGCCGCAGCCCGACGCGACUGACGCUCCCCCCGGAAUCCUGGGCCCCCCUGGACCGCAGCUGCAGCUGCUGGGCCGCUGUGUGGCCACAGUGCAGGCGGCCGGCGCCUGGCUCACGGGCAAAGCCUACCAGUACCUGGCGGCCUGGGCCCUGCGCCCCUUCCUGCUCGUCACGCAGGGCGACCUGCAGCUGCUGAGGGCCGAGACGGACGAGCUGGCGGCGCUGGUGGCCACGGCAUUCCCGGCGCCGGGGCCCCACGAGCUGCUCGCGCACCAGGAGCAGCAGCUUUGCCAGCAGGUGCACGUGGCGGCCGCCGGCAUCCAGCGCUUCUCGGCCGACGUGCUGCGGCUCUUCUGCACCGACUGCAAGCGCAUGGCGGCCGAGAUCUUCGAGCAGACCAUGCCGCUGGGCAAGCACUGGCGCCUGGGCCUGCGCCCCGAGCUGCCCAGCAGCCCGAGCGAGUACGCGGCGGCCGCGGCGCACAUGGUGCUGGGGCAGGUGCUGCAGGGCGCCCAGCUGCUGCCGCGCGACGCGCAGGCGCCCACGCUAGCGCGCGUCACCACCGCCUUCGCCGAGGCCUGGAUGGACCACAUCCUCGCGCGGAAGAUCAAGUUCAGCCUGCAGGGAGCCCUGCAGCUGCAGCAGGACUUCGCGCUGCUGCGGGAGCUGCUGCAGUCGGAGCGCUACGGGCUGGCGCCCGAGAGCCGGCGCGCGCUGCUCUCGCUGCGCGUCUUCCAGCAGAUGGACGGCGCCAUCCUGUGCCUGCUGCAGCAGCCGGCGGGCGCCGCGGCGCUGCCCGCGCACACGUGGCAGUCGCUGCGCCGCUGCUGCUCGACGGCCGGUGCGCGUGCACGGGACCUCGGCAGCGGCAGCCUGGACAGCCUGCGCAGCGCGGCGGGCGGCGCGGGGGGGCCGCCGUGCGCCGGCCCCCAGCCCUACGUGUGCGGCAGCCAGCAGCAGUGGCUGGCGCUGCGGCUGCACGGCCCGCGGCGCUGGCGCGUGCCCGGCCUGCCCUGCGUGGCCCGCGCCCCCGAGCCGUGA